GGUACCCGACCCAUUUCUACUACUGGGCGUGAUCCUGACCAACCCAAAUCUCCCAAUCGUCUUCUUCAAAAUCCGCCACAGCCUCUGUGAAUUCCAAACCAGAAUAGAGAGAGAUGACGAGGGGAAAGCAAAAGAUCGAAGCUCAGCGAAAGAAUGCCGAGAAGAAUCAGAAGUCCAAAGGAUCUCAGCUCGAGGCCCGAGCUGUCGGCCUCACAGUCACCUGCUCCAUCUGUAAAGUGCAGCUGGCUAACAAGAAUCAACUCCCGGAUCACUACAGCUCCAAGCAUCCGAAAGAAAAGUGCCCCGCCGUUUCAGGCUAACAUGGUGUUGCCUUGCUUUUAGCGAUGCUUGGUCAGUGUUAUAAAUAUUCAAAGGUCUAUAAGACUGUGUAUGUGUAUGUGCUUGUUUAUUUUCAAAUAUUGUACAUCAUCUCAAGCGCCCUGCUAAUGGAGCUAGAAGAAUAAUCAUUGCCAAUGUUUUAGUUUCGAGAAUGUAAUGGACAAAAUAAAAAAGAUAUAUUAAUUAGACCACUCUGUUCCACGGCCACUCUCUUUUAGUGGCCGCAGAGGAAAUUGGGCGAAAUAGGGCACCUACAAUGUUUCGUACGCAAAAUUGAUAGUUAUUUAAUUCCUACCCCCCAACACCACACUCCGUCUCGACCCCAACACAUCCUCUUACCCAUAUCAAUUACUGGGUAAAUUUUUGAAACUAAACUGGCACCCUGCAAAUGAAAUAGGGUAUGGGUUGGCGCCGGAACUCGGUAAAGGGUUACAGGAAUAUGAACUAUCAAUUUUACGAAUGGAACGUCGUACGUGUCCAGUAUCCUAUGUGACCACUCAAAUAGAGAGAGGUGGGGCACAAUAUCUUUUUUAGAAAAAAAAGUCCAAGCUCAAGCUACACACAUUCCAAAACUAAAUUAUUGGCAGGGCAUAACACAUUGGGAAGAGGUCAUCACUAUGGAUAUCUUCUGUAUGUAAAUUAGACCACACACUCCAUGUGGGGGAGAAAAGUUUGGUAGUCCUUUGAAUAAGUUUUGCAAAACCAU